UUAAACAAGGCGUAUGUAAUCAGAAAAGAUUCCCGUAUUUAUCCAAGUCAAUUAGUACCCAAAUUGUUCCGUACAGAUUUUCUCUUCCCCGUCUCUCUCUCUCUCUCACGUUUCUUCUAGCUCCAGAAUUCCAAAUUCGUUCGGCGCUACAGAUUCAGCUAUAUAUUCCACCGCUCACUUCAAUUUGAAGGGUAUAUUGGAUUUGCGGUGAUGGCUGCGAGCGCGAACCAGCCUGCGGGUAAUCAAGAAGGCAGCGGCAAUGGGAAUGGGGCCACCAGUAACGGUAAUGGUCUCUCUGUUCCGGAAAACUCAGUGGUUGGCCCCACACAGGCAGCCCUACGACACAAUCCAGGCCUUUCCGUUGAUUGGACUCCCGAUGAGCAGUCCCUCCUCGAAGAAUUGAUCGCCAAAUAUGCAACAGAAAGCAACAUAUCUAGGUAUGCAAAAAUUGCAAUGCAGUUAAAAGACAAGACUGUUCGAGAUGUAGCAUUGAGAUGUAGAUGGAUGUCUAAAAAGGAGAUUGGAAAGCGAAGAAAAGAUGAUCAUAACUCACGCAAAAAUAAAGAUAAGAAGGAAAAAGUUACAGAUUCUAUGCCAAAGUCUACCCAUGUUGCUAAUCGUGCAAAUGGUCCCCCCUAUGCUCAAUCUGUUAUGUCAAUGGACAGCGAUGACGGAAUUUCCUACAAAGCGAUUGGUGGUACCACCGGACAGCUUCUUGAGCAAAACGCUCAGGCCUUGGAUCAAAUAUCUUCAAAUUUUGCUGUUUUUAAGAUCCAAGAAAACAUUAACCUGUUCACUCAAGCUCGAAACAAUAUCCUCACCAUCUUAAAUGACUUGAAUGAUAUGCCCGAAAUAAUGAAGCAGAUGCCACCCCUCCCUGUAAAGCUAAAUGACGAGCUUGCCAGCUUAAUCCUUCCGACUCGACCACCCUUGCCAAAUAAAUCAUGAGAUCCAUGAGGCUUGGGCUUACCAUAGACGCUUCUAUGAGUUCACUGAAGUUGAAAUCCUGUUGAUUACUUGGAUAAGCAUAAUAAACUAGUCAAGGUUAUUCCUCUGGAAAUAUGCAUUAAGAUUAGUUCCUUUUGGCAUGUUAGGACUCCAUUUGUUUAUCUUAGUUAAUUGUCCUUUUCUAUUAUCUAAUUUUGUGAUUUGAUGUUGAUUUACUUAAGUAGUUAGCUGGGCUAGCAUGUAAAUAUAGUUAGUGUUGGAAGAAUUAUUGUUUCUGUAAAUCAAUGGAUGCAAAUAAGUUAGAUCCUA